AUGUCCCGCCUGCUGCACGCAGAGGAGUGGGCUGAAGUGAAGGAGUUGGGGGACCACCAUCGCCAUCCCCAGCCUCACCACCUGCCGCCGCCGCCGCCGCCGCCACCUGCGACCCUGCAGACGAGAGAGCAUCCCGUCUACCCGGCCGAGCUGUCCCUCCUGGACAGCACCGACCCACGCGCCUGGCUGGCUCCUACUUUGCAGGGCAUCUGCACGGCACGCGCCGCCCAGUACUUGCUGCAUUCCCCCGAGCUGGGUGUCUCUGAGGCUGCGGCGCCCCGGGAGGAGGCGGACGGCCGGGGGGAGCUGGUGAGGAGGAGCGGCGGCGGCGGCGGCGGCGGCGGUAGCAGCAGCAAGAGUCCGGGACCAGUGAAAGUGCGGGAACAGCUGUGUAAGCUGAAAGGCGGGGUGGGAGUAGACGAGCUGGGCUGCAGCCGCCAGCGCGCCCCUUCCAGCAAACAGGUGAACGGGGUGCAGAAGCAAAGGCGGCUGGCGGCCAACGCCAGGGAGCGACGCAGGAUGCACGGGCUGAACCACGCCUUCGACCAGCUGCGCAACGUUAUCCCGUCCUUCAACAACGACAAGAAGCUGUCCAAAUACGAGACCCUGCAGAUGGCCCAGAUCUACAUCAACGCCCUGUCCGAGCUGCUGCAAACGCCCAGCGGCGGGGAGCAGCCGCCGCCGCCGCCCGCAUCCUGCAAGAGCGACCACCACCACCUUCGCGCCGCCGCCCCCUACGAAGGCGGCGCGGGCACGGCGAGCGCAGCGGGAGCCCAGCCGGCCUCGGGAGGGGGCCAGCGGCCCUCGGCGCCCGGAGGUUGCCGGACUCGCUUCUCGGCCCCGGCCCCCGCGGGAGGAUACGCGGUGCAGCUGGACGCUCUGCACUUCCCGACUUUCGAGGACAGCGCCCUGACGGCGAUGAUGGCGCAAAAGAACCUGUCGCCUUCCCUGCCCGGGGGCAUCCUGCAGCCAGGGCAGGAAGAAAGCAGCAAAACUUCGCCCCGGUCCCACAGAAGCGACGGGGAGUUUUCCCCCCAUUCCCAUUACAGUGACUCAGAUGAGGCAAGUUAG